AUGACUGUGGACGCAGAGAAGAAUACGGUGCAGGACACCGCUGGUACUGCUUCUGAGCCGAGCUCGCCGUCAACGGCAGUCAAUGACAAUGGCCUGCCCGAGUCUGAGCCUCCCGUGGUCACUUUGAAAACGUGGAUCGUUGCUUGUAUUCUGUCCUGCGGUUAUGGCCUUUCUUUCUGGCCCGUCCCUGUCGUCUCUGCCAUUGGCUCGGAGCUCUCUGCGGAUAUGGGAGAGGCAAAUGGGUAUAUCUGGUUUGUUCCUGCGUGGACCAUCUCUAUCACUUGUGCUUUCUUAAUCUUUGGCCCAAACACGGAUCUGCUGGGUCGACGAUGGUUCCUGGUUCUUGGAAAUUUGGUCUGCUUCAUCGGCCACAUCGUAGUUGCCUCUGCUAAGACUAGCAACCAAAUUACCGCAGGUCUGGUUAUUUCAGGCUUUGGUGGUGCAAACUGCCAGAUGGCCGCUUUCGCACUACCUGAGCUUUUGCCAAACAAGUGGCGUCACAUUGGUGUUGUUAUUGCUGAUUUCACCGUCUACAUCGCCGUCAUUGUCGCACCGGUCACUGCUCGCUAUGGCUAUGAGAUGGGUCACUGGGCUUGGAACUUCUGGGGCGUGGCUAUUUUCCAGGGCCUGUCUUUCGUGGGCCUCUUGUUGCUUUACCACCCGCCCAAGCACCCGAUGGGUAUCCCCUACCUUGACGCUUUUAAGUCUCUGGAUUACCUUGGUGCCUUCCUUUUCAUUGGCGGUGCGGUCCCCUUCCUGAUGGGCAUUGUGUGGGCCGGUGUCUACGACUCCAACGACGCCCACGUUGUCGCCCCUCUGGUCGUCGGUGCUGCCGUUCUGAUCUGCUUCGCCCUUUGGGAAACCUUCGGCAACUUGAAGUAUCCGCUGACGCCCUCGUACGUCUUCACCAGCUCCUGGGGCCGCGACUUCACCGCGCCUGUGAUUGCUCUGGGCGUGGUCAAUAUGUUCUACUACUCGUCCAGCAUCCUGUGGCCGCAGAUGAUCACCGUUUUCUACACCAACGGCGGUGCUGACUGGAAGAAGUCAGUGAUUCUGUCGUUGCCCCAGGGCUUCGCCAUCUUCUUCGGUGCAAUGCUCCUCACCCUGUUCGGCAGCAAGCUGCGUCACUGGCAGUGGCAGUUGACCGGCUCGGUGUUUGUCAUGGUGGUCUUUGGCUCACUUUUAGGUCUGGUCACUCCGACUAACAAGGGCACCAUGAUUGCGUUUGUGUUCCUCUCCCAGGCUGGUUUUGGUUGGGCGAUCUACCUCAGCAUUGCGAUCUCUCAGAUGGGUGUGGACCACAAGAACCUUGGUGUUAGUGGAGGUAUCUCGGGAUGUAUCCGUUUUGCGUGCGGUGCAGUCGCAACCUCGGUUUACGAGACUAUCUACAGCAACAGUCUGACCAAGUACAUGAACGAGUACAUUCCCAAGGCUGUUGUCGCUGCCGGUCUCGACGAGUCCAAGGUGACAGGUCUGAUGGCCGUCGUUUCUGGCGGUGCUUCGGCUCUGACCUCCUACAGCUCUGUUGUUGCAUCCGCGGCGGAGACAGCUCUUGCUGAUGCCUACUGCAAAGCCAUCUUCGUUGUGGCUAUGACCUCCAUGGCCUUCGGCAUCGUCGGUCUGAUAGCUUGUCUCUGCUGCAAGGACGUCGACUCGAAGAUGAACAACAAGAUCGAGGUUUAUCUCGAGAACACUGACCUCAAGGACCGGAACGAGUUCCACUGA